AUGCCAAGCUUCUCUUUGGUUCUAGCUUUCAAAGGCUUUAAUGCGUCCAAGUUUAUUUUGUACUUGUCCCUUCUUAUCUUUGUGGUUCAACUAUCCCUGAAACUUGAUGAGAAACUUAUUGUAAAUUAUGCCAUAGUAUUUUUGCCAUUAUGGAUUUGCCAUUUUAUUGUCUUUAUGGGUGCUUUCACAGGAAUUACUUCAUAUGUGCGGAAGCCACCGUCCAGUAACGAUAGCGUCAUGCAGAAUGAAUUUGUUUCGAUGAUCCUCACUACCAUUGAACACAUGUUUCUGUUAUGCUUUGAAAUUUUAGUUUAUUAUAAGUUGGAACACGAUAACGUCGAGCCUAAAGAUGCCCUAAUUCAUUGGUCCAUUGUUUUUGCUCCCGUUUUUGGCUUAUCUGUCUUCACCUUAAUCGUUGCUGUUUGGGCUAUGAAACACGAAAAGUCUUUUGAGUUCGAGUUCUUUUACGCUGUUAAUGUCAUUGAGUUCUUCUUUAUUUCUUUCAAAUUGGACCAACAGGUAAACUGGUCCUGGGCAGUUGUUUUCAUUCCUCUUUGGAUAGUCUUAUCGCUCUGCGCUGUGGGUGUGUUAUAUUCGAUGGUGCUAACCAUAGUGAUUUCAAGAUCACGGAACUUCGCUCAUUCGUAUAGAAGACAAAGCUGCUAUUCUGCCGUUCUUCACAUUUUCCUUGUUCUUCCUGCUUUAACAUGUCUCAUUCUACUCACAGGAAAAUUGGACUCAAUGCAAUGGGCUGACAAAGAAGCGGCGCUAAAUAUGUCGUAUUGCAUGGCACUUUGUCCCUUGUGGUUCUCUUUACUGUGCCUCAUGCUUUUGUGUUUCGGCAAUGACGGCGGCAACGUUUGGUGGUUCGCUCUCAGAAGACCUUUCUGUGUUUUCCUCCUAGACUCAUGCCCUUGUUUACGGCAGUUAGCUAACACAAGCUAUAAAUUUGGAGCUGGGGAGAAUGCGGAUAAUGAAGAUGAGUCUGAAACAAUUGGAAGAGAAGAUCCUGAAAGACCCCUUAGACCCAUUGUUCCCCUGACUAGUAUAGAAUGUCCAGAUUAG